AUGGACAAGGCUUCUGUCGUUGGAGGUGCGACAAAGUACUUCAAACGACUCAAGGAACGCAUGAAGGUUCUUGAGGAAGAGGCGGCUACGAGAACUAUGGAACUGCAACCACCCGAGGUCGAAGCACCGGCGUGGGGGAAGAACGUUCUGAUCAAAGUCGUGUGUGAGAAGUACGAGGGUUGCAUCAUGGAAGUGAUGAAACAUAUGAAGGUCAUGAACUUGACAACCCUAAAUAGCAGUGCCCUUGCGUUUGGGAGUUCUGUUGGAUGUAACAAUAGCGGCCCAGAGAGGCAGAGAGAGAGGGAGGCUAACACGCUUGGCACGUGCGAAUGCUUUGUUUCACACAGGAGAGUGGAGAACGCGUUUGGUUACUCUAUAAGUAAAGGCAUCAUUUCCUCCUCGUGCCCAGUUUUGAAAAGGCAAAGUUUCUCACACAUUCCACUGCUCCGGGUAACAGAAGAUCCACUUCAUCGUAUGUAUCGGCAUCAUCAAAUGAUGAACCCCUUCGAUUUCCCUCUCGACGAUUUCGACUUCAACCUUUUCUCUUCAGAGAUGCCUUCCUUCCGUGCACCGUUGGAUCCGGAAAUGAUGCGAGCUCUCAUGGAUCCGCGGGUACAAGCUGCUCCGACAAUCAUGGAGAGGCUAAAGAAGAAGCCAAAGACCGAGAUCUGGAGCAGCACUUGCUCGCCCGAAACAUACAAAGCCCCAAGAACGGUCAUGUCCUCUCUGUCGUCUAGUCCCCAGUUGAUAUCUUUUGGGAACUCAGAUCUGUCCCCGACCGAAUCACAACAGUGUUAUGGUUCUUAUGAGAUCCAAGAUUGUCAAAAAGAGAUGAAGAGAGUUGGGGCAAUGAAUAGACCUACUUUACAUACACAAGAACACGUGAUUGCAGAGAGGAAGCGGCGCCAGAAGCUUAGCCAAAGCUUCAUUGCUCUCUCUGCCAUCAUUCCUGGCCUUAAAAAGAUGGACAAAGCAUCGAUCCUUGGUGACGCGAUCAAGUACAUGAAGCAGCUUCAAGAACAAGUCAAGAAACUGGAGGCAGAGGUAGCAAACAGGACUGUGGAAUCAGUUGUGAUUGUAAAGAAGUCUCAAGUCUCGGCAAACGAUGAUGAGUCAUUGGACGAGAACUUCUAUAGUCAAUUUGAGCAACAACUCCCUGAGAUUGAAGCGAGAGUCUCAGAUAAGUAUGUCCUUUUCCGAAUCAAUCACAAGAAGCGAAAGGGAUUUACAACAGAGAUACUUAGCGAAAUAGAGAAGUUGAAUUUGUUUGUUCUCAACAGCAAUGUGUUACCUUUUGGGAGUUCCAUACUCGAUAUGACAAUCGUAGCUCAGAUGAACGUUGGAUUCUGCAUGAAAGUUGAGGAUCUCGUCAAGAAUUUACGCCAAGCUCUUCUCAAGAUAGCAUGAUCAAUCAACAUCAUGUUCGUUCGUUUUAGUUUCAAAAGUUUCUUCUAAUUUUUCCUUUGGUCAUUCAAAAGUUAGCUAUAUUCUUUCCCCCUUUAGAGUGUCUUUUGGACCUUGUGAGGGAAAACCUUGGAGUCUUUCUUGACCAGACCACCACUUUGCGCACGAAUUGUCUUGUUUUGACUAAGAGUUUCUAUUUUGCUAGUGGGUUUUUUCCUUCUUCUUUUUUGCAUGGUCGGCUUUUUUGGCCAUGUUGAAAUUUUACCCACAAGCUGUAUAGGAAACUUUAAGUAUAUUUUUUUUAAGGGUCUUUCUUUUGGAGGUUUGACUUUUCAAUGAAGGCUCUUCCUUGCACUCUAAUUGAAAGUGGAAAUGGGCCUUCCUCAGAGAAACAAAUUGGAACUUCUCUCUCCCCAGGUUGCAUUAUGUAUUCAUCAGUUUAUAUCUGCUGUAAUCAAAGUAAGUUGAACGAUUGUGGGAUCAUCUUCUUAUUGAUUUUGAUCCAUAUUCGAUGCAAAUGUGAUUGACAAAAGGUGAUGGAUUGAUAUUCAUGAUACUCGUGAAACCAUUUUCAUAAGAAUGGUUGAAUUUGUGAA